AUGGCAACAUUCACACCCUCCGGCCAAACAGCUUCUGAGGCUGUGGUUCCCACGCGGCCACAGGCAGGCCCGUCGCUCCUGGUGCCGGCCACACUCCCGUCCCCGGCCCCUCGAGGCUCCACCGGCCACCUUCUCCCCAGCUCCCUCUCUUUGGAAGGCGCGUCAAACCUAGCUGCUUUCCCUUCCCUUUUUCACUUCCUGCUGCUCCUGCCAGCUGGCGGGCAGCUUCCUGACCUGCCCGGUUUCCGUGUCGGUUCGGGGGCGGAAAGCUCCCCUCUUCUGUGUCGGCGUUUGGGGGUGUUGGACCAGAAGGGGCGCAUCCCUGCUGGACUGACGGCUGCGGGAGCCCCGACCGAGCUCCUUCACCUGGGGGCCUGUGUGCAGAGGCUCGGCCCGCUGCAAAGGGAUGUUCCCGGAGAGCCAGAGGCCUUGCUGGGGUUCCCGGAGGUGCUGACGGGCCUGCUCUGCCCGUUCCCGCCCCCCGCCCCGGCUGUCCUCGAGGACCCUCUGCACGGCCUGGCCCCGCCCCGCCCGGCCGCGCCCCACCCACCCGGCCCCGCCCUGCACCGCCCCACCCGGCCCCGUCCCACCAACCCGACCCCGCCCUACCCGGCCCUGCCCUACACCGUCUUACCCGGCCCCGCCCCGCCCGCCCGUCCUCGCCCCACCCACCCGGCCCCGACCUGCCACGCCCUACCCGGCCACGCCCCAUCCACUCGGUCCCGCCCCACCCACCCGGCCCGACCUCCCACGCCCUACCCGGCCACGCACCAUCCCUCGGCCCCGCCCCACCCGGCCCCGCCCUGCACGGUCCUACCCGGCCCCGCCCCGCCCCGUCCUACCCGGCCCCGCCCCACCCGCCCGGUCACACCCUGCCGGGCCCGGCCCAGCGUCAGCGUCACUUUCUGGACUGACCACCAGGUGGCAGCGAAGGCUCCUCGAUGUGGAGUCCCGGCCCCGACGCCCCGCCGGCAGCCCAGGCAGGGGCCCAGCUCCCGCAGCCAGAGCUCCACACAGGCUGCCCCGCGCCUGCACCCUCAGCCCUCUGCGCCUACCUCAGCCGACACGCGGGUGCCUGUCCAGAGAACACCGCGGGGCCGCCCUGAGGCUGACGCUCCCGUCCGGGCCGCCUGCACGUUACCAGCUCCGCGUCCCAGCGACGUGCCUCUGAUGGAGCCUGUGUCCCGUCUGCAAGUCUCGACCCUCACUCUCCUCAUGCAGAACCGAACCAUGAAGGAAAACUGCAACUAA